CCCUAUAUAACUAACCAACCAUAUUCCUCACACCCAUUCCAAACAAAUAUGAGUUCCUCAUUCUGUCACACCCACUACUCCCUUCCUUUCAACGAAAACGACUCUCAAGAAAUGCCGCUUUACGAAGUUCUCGCUCAGGCUGCUGCCGACACAACAACAUCAUCGUUAUCGUUAUCUCCGGUGUCUCAUGGUUCAAGUGUUGCCGUUGCCGUUGCCGAAGCAGAGGUUUCGAUUUCGUACAGAGGGGUUCGGCGGAGGCCGUGGGGGAAGUACGCGGCGGAGAUAAGGGACUCCACGAGGAACGGAGUGAGGGUUUGGUUGGGAACCUUCGACACUGCCGAGGCUGCUGCUCUGGCUUACGACCAGGCUGCGUUGGCCAUGCGAGGCUCCAUGGCAGUGCUCAAUUUCCCAGCUGAGAUGGUUUGGCAGUCGCUCCGGAAAAUGGAGUAUGGUUUUGACGAAGGGUGUUCCCCUGUUCUGGAGUUGAAAAAGAGACACUCCAUUAAUAGAAAAUGGGAGCGGAACAAGCUGAAGAAGAAGGUGCAGGACGAAGCAGGGGUUUCCCAAAAUGUGGUGGUGUUGGAGGACUUAGGAACAGAGUAUUUGGAACAUCUUCUUAGUCUCUCGCUGGAUAUGAAUGCUUCUUAGUCAACCCCUUCUCUUUCCACCGUCAUGGGUCAUGGGUUCCUCUAAUAUGAAUAAAUAAAUAAAAUCCUUUUCUCUGUUUUUUGUUUUA